AUGAAUCAAACGGGACUGUUCUUCAUAGUUCUCUUCUUGCUGUCCUCCCAUGUCAAAGCUCAAAACUCGGCUAAUCAUCAACAUGGUCUCAAUCCUCUUCACCCGAGCAUGGCAGUUGUUACCGUUGUCCUCGCAAUUAUGUUCUCAGUAACAUUUUUUGUACUUGCUUUUGCCAAGUUCUGCCGCCCAAGUCUGGUUGAUCACUUAACUCAUGAGGAAAACCUCCAUGGACUUCUCAGAUCGAGAUCAAGAUCUUCAGGGAUUGAUAAAACAGUGAUUGAAUCACUCCCCUUUUUCAGAUUUUCUUCCCUUAAUGGCUCUAAAGAAGGCCUAGAAUGUGUUGUUUGUUUAUCAAAAUUCGAGGAUUCGGAAAUCCUCCAGUUAUUGCCCAAGUGCAGGCAUGCAUUCCAUAUGAAUUGUAUUGAUGAGUGGCUAGAAAGCCACUCUACUUGUCCUCUUUGCAGGUACAAGUUUGAUGUUGGGGACCUCACAAAUUUCACUUACACUAACAGUUUGAGAUACCCUCCAAACUCUUCUAAUCCAGCAGAGGAUCCAAAUCUCAAACUUUUCGUUCGCAGAGAGCAAGAUCAUCAUAGAUCAUCAAGGUUCAACAUUGGAAGCAGUUUUCGAAAAUUGGGCAAGGCAAAGAAAGAUAAGCUUUUGAUCUUAGAAGGUGGCACCAAGGAUGAAAAUCGACAGCUCUUGCAUAAGUUCAAACACAGGAUCAUAGUGUCUGAUAUCGUUUACAAAAGCCGAUGGAGUGAUGUCAAUUCCUCAGACUUAAUGUCUUUAAAUUCUGAGAUGAUCAGUGCUAUUUCAAGCAGAAGAUUCUCUCCACCCGGGUUUUCGACGAAUGAACAAAUUAUGAAGAUUAAGGAUGACAUAGAAAAGAAAAGAUUGCACCAGUCUAAGGUUGGUAAAAUUACUAGAAGCUAUUCAGUUUCAAGUUCAACUUCAACCUUUUCUCCUAUAUUCAACAUUGAAGAAAACAAGAAGGCGGCUUCAAGAACACUGAAUCCAGCUGAGAAGCGAUCGAUUUCGGAAAUUACAAAUCUUUCAAGAUUCCCAGAAUCCAGUAUUAGGAACAGGAUCAGAGAAUCUUUGUCGUUGGGAAACAAUGGAAAGGAUGAGAGGAUAAGAAGGCUUUGGUUGCCAAUAGCUAGGAGAACAGUUCAAUGGUUUGUUGGUAGAGAGAGAAGAACAGAAGAAUCAGAAAGAGAAAGGCAGCUAUCAAAUGUUUGA